AUGACUGUGUCACUUAGCUGGGACAAUCUGGAGCAGUCCAACUGCCAUUGUAACCCCAAGACGAGCGGGUUGCCCAGGCCUUCUUCUCAAGACCCGCCUCCCCGGUUCUCCCAAGGGCCAGAAAAGGAGAAUAUUUGCAGCAGCCUUCAGGAGCCUCAGCUGGCCAUCAUUGCCUCCAGACCGGUACUUCCUUUGAGUGCCACCUCAAGUCCCACGCCAAGACCAGCCAUCACAACCCAAAGUCCCAGCCAACUUGAGUUCCACAUCCCCAUCAGUGGCCAGCUGGCCUUCAACGUUUUCCUCCUGCUGUUGGAGAGGGCAGAAUCUGUAGAAACGCCUUCCUUGCUGAUAAAGCAGGAAGAAAAGAAGGAGAAAAAAGAGAAAAAAGAAAAGAAGAGAAAGGAAAAACAAACCAAGGAGGUUUCAUCCAAUGGAACAAAGGAAUGGGUGUGCGGAUUUUCUCCGGAAGGCUACAUCUAUUAUUACAACACGAAAUCUGGAGAAUCACAGUGGGAGAAACCAGAAGGAUUUCAGGACACCACUUGCAAUUCUCAACAGGAAGCUGUUUGGGUAGAAGGGACCGACAACGGUCGCACCUAUUACUACAACAAGGAGACUGGAGGUGAAAACUCUUCUGAAGAGAUCAGCAAAAAUGAAUCCCAAAAGAGGAAGCCUAACAGACCCAGAAAGGUGAGCCCUUACGGCGAGUGGCAGCAGGUGAACCCCGAGGGGCAACAGGUGAAACCCGAGAAGUCCAGCCGCAAGAAGAAGUCAUCCGUUCCACCAGAAACCUCCUCGUCUUUGUCUCAGAAGCCCGUCUCUUUCGGCAAAUGGGAGGAAAUCACGGAAGAAGAUUCAUUCGAGAAGGUCGACUUGGAGCUUCCAAACAAGGAGAGCAACAGCGCCCCAGUUGUAGAAGUGCCAGAAGAUGCCAAAGUAAUCUUCAAAGAGAAAACAGUCACUUCGCUCGGCGAGGCAACGGAAGAGAUGCCGGUUUUCAGAAAACGGAAAUUUGAAAACGGGAAAUCUCGAAACUUUCGACAGAGGCUGAGCGAUCACUAACAUCCUGGCUGCAUUGUCAACAAGACAAGAAACAAAAGGACGCUGGGAAAAUAUGGAACUGUUUAAAAAAGAAUUCCUUUACAAGACUGACUCUAAAAGCAAUUUUUAGAGAUCGUUGUUUUUUUCCAAACAAUGUCUCGGGUGUAAAAUGUACAGAAUAUUUCUCUUCUUCCACCCACCUACUCCUCAAGCGUUGAUAUUUUAGUUUGCUGGAUUUCUUUUUUCCCCCCUUUAUGGGGUCAUGUAAAUACAGUAUUUUUUAAAUCGCGGGUCAAAGGCAGUUCAGUGUACCUUACAAACAAGCGUAUUGUCAUGAAUCCUUUCCCAAGAAAAAUAAAUGCGGUAAUUCCUUAA